AUGGCGUCUGCGCAUGCGCCUCGGCUCCGCAGACAUAAAGCCGGGUCUGGCGGGGCAGGAGGCGGCGGGUCUUCGGGCCUAGGCGAGCGCCGGGUCUCCCGACGGAAAUUACCGAAGGCUGGCAGAGGCGCCGAAGCCGGGAGUGGUGGAGCCGGAGGGGAUAGUGGGGGUGGGGAAUUCCGGCCGAAGGAGCGAAUCCGGGUCGGACUGCGUGAUUUCGGCUCGGUGGGGGUGGGCAGGGUGCGCGCCUGCCGCGCGCCCAGGUUAGGUGUGUCCGCUCUUUUCACACUCGCGGCCGGCGCGCGCGGGCACGCGGCAGAGGAGGGGGCGCGGCGCGGAAGGGCCGGCGGAGGCGGCGGGAGCGCCGGCGCUUGGUGUGCGCGCCCUGGGUGGUGUCCCCCGCCUGCGGAAUGGGUAAUGAGGCUUUUCUCCGCAGCAACAGCAUCACGAGUUUCAGUUCCCAGGAGCCCGCCGCCGCGGCUGCUGCCGCUGCCACGACAUGAGUCAGGCUUUCUUCCCUGGCGCGUGGCGGAAACCUCCUCCCCCUCGCCGCACCUGGGCUCGCCCCCGGCCCUUGCCUCCUCGGGGGAUGCCCUAGGGCCGGGAGCUGUGGGGUCUACUGAAGGCCGGUGGCUCCCGGUGAUAGGUGUUGUCUUUUGUGCAGUGCAGUUGCUGCCAUGCGGUCCCCUCGCCCUUCCACGAGCGGGGGCGAGGCGGCCGGGCAGAUGUUGCAGCUGUUUCCAGUUAACUGCCUGAGCUCCUCUGGGCUAGGCUCUUCUCUAACGAGGAGUGGUUGCAAUCCAUCCUUAACUGGAGGACAGAAGCAGGCCGGCCCUGUAAUCGACUGACCUCAACAGGUGUCUCCAAGCAGCGACGCCUUUUUCGUUCAUCGUCCUGGCUAUAUCCCCCAUUGGUUUGACUCAGGAGGCAAGGUGGUCCGGACAUGUGAGCAACACAAAUGAUAAGAAUGCCUUUUAGGGCUAGAAAAGAAAAAGCCAUCCGAAAUUCCAGUUUAAAAAUACACACACACACACACGUUACAUUUCAUGGGUCCAACUGUAGUUCUACAGAAGCAAUGUUAGGUUUGAUUGGGGGCAAUUUACUGGCGGUUACUUUCUUGGUAUUUCAUGUCAAAACCUAGUUCUAAGCGUUUCUUACCAAUAAUCGAGAAUGUAAGUCUUUCCCAGGAAUUUAAAAAUGAUAAAGCAAGCCGAAAAACUGUAGGGAGGAAUUUUCAUUUUGUUAAAUUUAGGUUGUUAGGGGAAUCAACGCUUAUGGUUAGACCUCUGAUUCAGGAAGUCUCAAGGAUUUACAUUCCUAUUUCAGAAGAUUGUUAAAGCAAAAACGAUUGUCAUUUGCAGUUUUGAUACACCUCUAGUUGUCAGUUCAACUUUUUACCUUUAGUUUUCUCUGAACUCUUCCUCUUGCUCCAAGGGGAGGCCUUCAAAAAGUGAAUUAUGUCACCAUUUGCAUGUUAUUGAAUAGAAGUGCACUCUUAACAUCCCAUUUAUCCAGUGUCAAAGCUAUGAUACAUUGUUGCUUUAUGUGGGGUCUCCCACACUGAAAAGAAAAAUCCGGACUUCAUUUAUUUAUUUAUUUAUUUAUUUAUUUUUUACUUUAUAUUGCUAAUGUAAACCUCUGCUAGAAGUAAAUAGGCUCUCGCAAAUAUUCAAAGUGAUACAGUAAUAAACAUCAAAUAUGUUUGAGAAGACUACUUGUUCUAUGAUAUUAAUAUGUGAUUGGUUGUUUUUAUAGAACUGUGGCUAUUUGUGUUUUCACAAAAAUAAUUUCUUUUUUACUUCUUGAGCUUUUGUUGCAAGUGAUAUGCCUGGUUAAUCGCUGCCAUCCAUUGUUGAAAUGCAAAUUUGACAUUCUUUUUCAAUAGUUCUUGAAUGGAAAAUAGAAACUACCCUAACCGAUUGAAACUGCAAUGGAAUGUAGAUGGGUGGAAUGUCCUUUCUUUGGACUGCCGUAUGAAAGAAAAUGCUCUUGAUCUCUCAAAAUGUAGCCUUAAGUCAAAGGUUUUUUGUUUUGUUUUGUUUUUUAAGUCAAAGUUUUAAAUUACCCCAAACAGCAGCUGUACACCCUUUGGGCCACCUAAAUAACUCACUAUGAUUGUGCUGAUAUGCUUUGACGCUUAAUAAACACAUAUAUUAAAGUCUUACCCAAAGCUGAUAGAGUAAAAGAGCUGUUGAGAUAGCCCUCUGGAAGCAGAUACUUGUUCUAAUGACCAGUAGCAAAGGGUACUGUUUGAGCUGUUUUGAUGGGGGAGGAAGGGUUGGGGUGUUAUUCCCUUUAAAAUAAAGGUUUAAAAAAAAUCCAGAAUUUAAGACGUAAGAAAAUAAGAUCUUUUGAAGUGUAUUAAUUUUUGCCUGCCAUAUCACUUUCAAACUCCUGCUUAGGCUGCAUCAAGUCCCACUAAGAUAUAAAGAGCAAGUCAGCCGGGUGCGGUGGCUCGUGCCUAUAAUCCCAGCACUUUAGGAGGCUGAGGCGGGCGGAUCACGAGGUGAGGAGAUCAAGACCAUUCUGGCUAACGCGGUGAAACCCCGUCUCUACUAAAAAUACGAAAAAUUAGCUGGGCGUGGUGGCAGGUGCCUGUAGUCCCAGCUACGUGAGAGGCUGAGGCAGGGGAAUGUCGUGAACCUGGGAGGCGGAGCUUGCAGUGAGCCGAGAUCAGGCCACUACACUCCAGCCUGGGCGACAGAGCGAGACUCCGUCUCAAAAAAAUAAAAAUAAAAAAUAAAAAGGGCAACUCUACAGUUAGGGAAAUCUGAGUUUCAAAAAUCUGGGUCUCUCCCCCUCCAAAAUUCUUACGACAGCAAUAUAUGAACACAAAUACAUUGAAACAAGGAGAAGGCACCUCAAGAGCCAGAUUUUGUUAUACUAUCAUCUUUUAAUUAAAAAGGUCUGGAUUUUUAUUAUAUAAACAUUAAAUGCCGACUGCUAUGUAUAAUAAAGUCAUUAAAUCCUUUAAACCAAGUA